AUGGAUAAUGAAGAAUUGGAAUUGUCGAGGCAGGAGCUUGAUCUUGUUUCCGUCGCAACGUAUCGGUUAUACACCAAGGGUUUGGUGAGUGAAGAGGUUAUUAAGGAUGAUAGGAUGCUGGUGGGUGGUUCAGGCUUGUCCCUCUGUGACUCGAACGAUAACUCGAAAUUGGAGACCAACAAAGCUCUGAGAAACCGAGGAGUCCUGGCACACCCUGAAGCUGCGGAAUUGGCUGCCAUAUUUCAAGGGCUGAGUUGGGCGUUGAAACUUGGUGUCAAAAGUAUCCAAUUCUUCUGUGAGGAUUCCAUCAUCUUGGAUUAUUUAACUUGUAAAGCUGCACCAAACGAGUCCAUUGUAGCAAAAUUUUUGAAGAAAGUGAUUCUUCUUCAGAAAGAAUUCACGUCUUGCCAGGCAUUCGCUGUGCGGAGAGACAUGAAUUCUGUCAUUAAGCUCGCAAGAGAUGCCAUUGCUUCUCAAACUAGAUGGCGUGAAGAAGGUGACGACACCAACACUGAGUAUGAGACUUGUCCAGCCUGCUACGCACACGUUUCACCUCCUCACAAACUUGAGGUGAAGAGCGGUUGCUUCCACCGCAUCUGCUUUACGUGCAUAAGGGAUUGUUUCUCAUCCCAACGAGCACGAGGGGACACCCUACUCUGCCCUUACCCGGGUUGCGAGAACCAACUUGUGCUAGAGGAUUGUAAAGGUAUUGCUGAUGAUGAUGAUAUCUUAUCAUCCACCGCAAGAAGGAGAAGGCCAUUCCCGUUUUAG